CUCCCAUCGAAUCCUCCUUGUGUUCACAACACAACAGACCUCCCCUUUCUUCCCCUUUUUCUUUCUCUCUUUCAACUCAAAAACCUAGAAAGACUCAAAGCCAAUACCUCCAUCCUUUGUUUCUUUGCAUACAAACAAAUCUUAAUGUUUUGUUGCUAUUAUAGCAUGACUGGUAUUGUUCCAAACAAUAGCUUUUCCUGAGAAGAAACAAGAUAUACAUAUUUAAGUUUCUUGCUGUUUUGUAAACCCUAAAGAAAAAAAGCGGAAGGAAAAAACAUGGCAUCACCUACUGGAUUAACCCUUGACUGCAAACCCCACAGUUAUUCUAUGCUAUUGAAAUCAUUUGGAGAUCAGCAGAUUGAUCAAACUCAGAAGCUUGAAGAUUUCCUUGGUCGUCUGGAGGAAGAACGCCUUAAGAUUGAUGCAUUCAAGCGUGAGCUUCCCCUUUGCAUGCAACUUCUCACUAAUGCUGUGGAGACUUCGAGGCAGCAACUACAUGCAUGCCGAGCAAAUCAAGGAUCAAGGCCUGUUCUUGAAGAAUUCAUACCCCUAAAAAAUUCAAGCUCAGAGAAUUCAGACAAAUCGCAAAACAUAUCUGAUAAAGCAAACUGGAUGACGAGUGCACAGCUAUGGAGCCAAGCGGGAAACGAAACGAAACCACCACAAUCCUCAGUUGCGUCCCCUAAAGAAGCUGAUAUUGGUUUCAAUGUUAGUCCCAAGUUGGGGUUAGAUACCAAGCAGAGAAAUGGAGGAGCUUUCCUUCCAUUCUCCAAAGACCGACAGAACCCAUGCCCUGGUUCGACUUUACAGCCUCUUCCUGAUCUAGCUCUUGCCUCUAUGAAUGAAGAUAUGGAUGAUAAGAAAUGCUCAGAGACUGAAAAUGGUUGUCAACGGAGAGAGAAUUCAGGCAGAACCGGCAACGGGGGAGCUUUGGUUGAACAAGGGAAAGGAACUAGCUGCAACGCUGCUGAAGGGCAAACGACAAAUGGUAACACGAAUACAAACACUGGUCAACCUCAUAGGAAAGCUAGGCGGUGUUGGUCACCUGAUUUGCAUAGGAGAUUUGUUAAUGCUCUCCAAAUGCUUGGCGGUUCUCAAGUUGCUACACCAAAACAGAUAAGGGAACUGAUGAAGGUUGAAGGUUUGACCAAUGAUGAAGUGAAAAGCCAUUUACAGAAAUAUAGGUUGCAUACAAGGAGAUCAAGCCCAAGUCCACAAGCACCAGGAGCCCCAACACCGCAGCUUGUAGUCCUAGGUGGUAUCUGGGUUUCACCAGAGUACGCCACUGCUGCAGCAGCUGCCUACGGUGGGACUCCUACUCUUUAUGGCGCUCACCACCCGGCUGCUCCCCAUGCACCUCCUCCUCACUUCUGCGCAUCACCAGUGCCCCAAGAAUUCUACAGUGCGACUGCAACGCCCGCUCCAACUCCUCCACCCCAGCUGCACCACCACACCCUCCAGCAGCAGCUCCACAUGUACAAGUCCACCUCGCAGGCACAUAGCUUACCGGAAUCCGACGUCAGGGGAGCCGGAGACCAUUCCGAGAGCAUUGAAGACGGCAAAUCUGAGAGCAGCAGCUGGAAAGGAGAGAGCGGCGAAAACGGCGGCGGAGCUGAUCAAAGAAAAGGGCUAGCUGCAUUGAGAGAAGACGGAGAAGAAAGCAAUGGAAGUGAGAUCACUCUCAAGUUCUAAAGAGAAUUAGGGUUUAGGGUUAGGUUUCAGGUGUUCGAUGGAAUUCUCUACAUAAAUCAUAAUGGUAUUAUUUUGAAAAAGAGUAAUAAUUAAAGAAUUAUGUUAAAUAUGAAGAGAGGGUAAAAAGGGCAUAAAGGAAAAGUGAAGCUCUGUUUUGUUCGUUCCUUUCUACGCUUAAACGUCUAUUCGGGAAAUCAUUGAACUUUGGAUA